AUGGUGGAUCCCCAGCUACCCCACCAAGAAGAACAGCUGGCCAUCAUCGCGCACAAGCCCCAGAUCUCUCCAAGGACAACCCUUUCCCACUUCCGCACCAGCUCUCGCCCGCCCGGCGUUUGCAUCCGCGGGAUCUCAUCCACCGCGUCCCUGAAAACUGAACACCCCAAGGCAGAAUCGCAGUCACGCAGUCACCUGUCCAGUGCUCACGGAUUCCCUUCCAUCUCAUCCUGUGUGUGCGCCGCACGCGAUAUUUCUGCCGCCAGCACUUCCAGUUCGCUGCCCCAGAGCCAGAGCCAUAUCUUCCAGGUUGCUGCGCCGACCCUGCAGCGGGAGCCUCAGGAUAGCAAGCGCAACGUGGAGAACGGGAAAGCACAGGGCUGCGAAUCAACACUCUGGAAGCAACCUGCGUCUGCUGCCGCAUCUACCGCACCACGCGUCGCCAGCCAUAUCCGAACACCUGGGACUUUCCAGCUGCCAAACUGCGAGGCCGAUCUGCCGACCGACUUGCCCGCCUGGCUGCGCAGCCCCGUAGAAGCGUAA